AUGGAAAAGAAACUGAUGAUGCUUGUGUUACUUCUGCAACUUCUGUUCUUAAACUCUCUGUCUCUGAAACAUUCAUCAGCCAAACCAAAUGCAAAGAUCACUGUAAUGGGUCUUGUUUACUGCGACGUCUGCUCCAACAACAGUUUCUCCAAACACAGCUACUUCAUGCCCGGUGUGGAAGUGAGAAUAAUCUGCAGAUUCAAUGCAGCUUCGCCAAGAACUAGAGAGAUGAUAACAUUCUCUGCAAAUCGAACAACGAACGAGCUCGGAGUCUACAAGCUAGACAUAACGUCUUUGGAAGGCGUUACAUGCGCCGCAGAAGCAGAUAAAGCUUCUCCAAAGGCUUCUUGUCAGGCAAGCUUGAUCGGUGGCUCCUCGGAUUCUUGCAGCGUUCCUGGCUACAAAACUACAACGGAUCAGGCCGUGUUCAAGUCCAAGAGGUCUAAUCUCUGUGUUUAUGGGUUCACCGCUUUGAAUUUCAGACCGUUUCAGAGGAAUCUUGACUUGUGUGGCAAGCAAUAG